CGCGAAAGCAAGGAGGGAAGAGGAGACUGCCAAAGAUUUGAACGUUGUCGUGGCAGACGCGAGUGGCUCGUCAGGACGCGCCGCGAUCUCCUCACGGCGCCAAUCGCUCGCAUCCCGGGGCCACAGCAACGGCCAUUCACGAACUUUUGUCGACCUGUGAGCGCACAUGUCGCUUGACAAAGCUUGUCGCAGCAAGACGCGGCGGCAACUCUCGCAAAUUGCCUGUCUGUAUCUUGCGUUCCUGUCCGAGGGUGGGAGACAGAGUAUUCCGCCGACAAGAUGCAAAGAGCACACGAGGCGGCUAGCGGAUCAACGAGGGGGGCAAGGAAGGGCCGGCCGGGCGUCUGCCAAUCGCGAAUCUGUCUCUCCGCCUUCAGACGGGCGCGAAGCGUGCAAGCCGGCAGCUGCCGGUCGGCGUCCUUCAGUCAAGAGUCGUGAGUCAAGAGUGUGAGUGCACAGGUCCUGGCAUGGCAUGCACCAGCAAGCAAGUCCUUGUGGAGCGUGGGCCUGACGCUAAUAGAGCAGCGGCGAUGCGUCACACCCGCACCGUCGUCCCUUGAGGCAAG